UACAGCUCCAUGGUGCAUACUUAAUUACUGCACGCUGUGUAUCUUUUGUUCGACCAGAUUUGCUUCUCUUAGUAAAAUUAAAAUUUUAUUUUCUACUUGUUUUGGUUGACCUCCCUAUAUCCGAGUGAGAAGCUGCGCCCACCAUCACGCCUGCACCCCUGCAAAAAUAAAUGGCUCGUCUAUCUUGCUAGAGCGCCUCCAGCUUGAUGUUCCUCCAAGUUCCAGAACGAUAACCAGAACGAAAUAACUCCGAACCCGUGCGCGACCGGUAGAAAUAGCACCGCUGUAAAGCUGAAACCUCCUCGAGUGAGAACUACCCUAAUAAAGAUUAAAGCACUACCCCGCUAGGCGGCACCAUCUGCAUCCUCCUGUCGUCCGCGGAGGUGGAGGACAUCGAGAUUGUCACAAAUUUUUGCCGGACUACUACUACAGACCACCAGGUGCUGGAUGUUGACGACGUGGUCCUGACAACGAACUGACACACAGCGCAAAUUCCCGGUCCUUGUUCGCCGCAAACGAAGCGCCUCCUAAAUCUUCACCAGGGAGCACAAAAAUUAAUUGCGGACCACUUCACCGCCUCCAUUAGAAUUACGUCAGCAGUUGGUUCCAGGCCUGUACAGUACCUACAACCGCCUUUACUUUGAACUGAGAGGACGUCGCACAGCGAUCAUCGGCCCGCUUCGUCCUGUGUCGUAGUCGUCCCCAAUACCAAUAGUAUUUGUGGGAAAAUAUAUUUAUCGCCGCCGGCGACCUACAUCGACGAAAGUACUGCGUCCACUGCUACCAGCAAUACCACGUGGUCGGAGACGAGACGACCGGUGGCGCAGAUCAAGUAAAAGUUCGAGUUGUAGUACCUGCUGCAACCUCUACAGCCGAUCCUUCGUUCAGCAAGUAGGGUUGUACUAAUCGUCCUCCAGCCCCAUUUUGUUCAUCCUGCUGAGCUCCGCAUUGCAUCACGACUCCGGCCAGCGCCAGGGUCGUCGACUACAUCAAUCUUCCUCUCUUCCUGAGAAUACAAGCAACCAAAAAGUGCGCAGAAACUUACCCUCGGCACAAGAACAACAACUGGAACAACUUCGACCUUCUUCCGGCGCUUCCUCAGUCACUGUGGUCACUCACACUGCUGGCCUGACGCUGGUGUGACUCAAUUCGAAUUCUAGAAAUAUCUAUUCCCUCAACCACAACCACUUAUCAAGAAUCGAAGAUGGCGAAUCUGACCGGUGUGGUGCAAUAUCGAAUGCAAAUAUGUAUGGGUCUGGAAGAUUCCGAGAUUUGUCAUGCUGGUCCGGCAUGACCCUUAACUCUGUACUGCGUUGCCACAAACAGGCUCUUCUGCAUGUCAUGCAAAAACGCAGUUUCUCAUGCGGAAUACGCAGCACAGAAGCACGAAAGAACUUGUCAUGCUUGGCGACGCAUUACAGUGCAUUCGUUAUUGACUGACUUGCAUUACAAGUUUAUUCCAGACCCAGACAUUUUUGCAUUUGAUAUGCAAACGCAAACCCAGCCGGAGCUGCCGCAAACGGCGACCCGGCCCAUGGGGACCCGAAGGCAUCUAUCCUGAGUAAAAACGUCCCGACUCCAUACGUCAAGUUGGGAACUCCGCAACACAAUUCCAAAGACUUUAGGAGUCACGCAUUACAAACUGAAACUUGUUAUUGUUUUCUCUGUUUUGUAAUGCGGGUUUGGGUUAGCAAGGACAAGGAGAAGGACAGCCGCAUCACAAAUCCAUCUUGGCAUCCUGUUUGCAGCAUCACAAAUUCCAGAUGAACACAGCGGCUCAAAAUGAAAAUGCCUCUCACUCGUCAUCAUGAUGCGGAUGCGCAUUACAAGUCUUCCUGUGAUUGCAAAUCUGCAUGACAGCUUUCGGGUAGGGACGUUUUUACGCAGGAUAGCACCCCCAAAACGGACGGACGGUGGUGCAGUACAAGGGGGACAUGCUCCCCAUGAACUACGCACUGCCCGAAACGGUGUUCAGAUCGGGUCUCUUUGACUUGAAGAAAGAAGUUAUCGCAAGAAAAAACUGUUUCACUGUGAACUUGUGAUGCAGAAAAAGCAUCACGGAAGUGUUUGUCUUGCUACACAUGCAAGACAGUGGACUUUUAGCUGCGUUUUCCCUUAGGAAUCUCGCAUGGCAAAUUGUCUCUGUCAUGCGGAGCAAACUUGAUGUGAUGCAAAAGUUGCAAAAUCCUUUACAGUGAAACACUUUUUUCCUGUGAUAGAAGUCCGCUCGGUAAAGCGAGGGAUCGACAGGAGACACGGGAAAAAUUUAGACCAGGCAAAAGAUUACGCAAGCAGGAAACGGUAUUUUUUUUGAAUUUUGUUGAAUAAUGAUGUGGGUGAUGGUCGAUGAUGCUGGUGAUGACUGAAGAUUUUCGUCGUGCCACAUCGGGAUAUUGUGCAAGCGUGCAGUGUGGCGCAACAUCACAUCAUCUUGUUGCUCGCAUAGAUUUACUUGAGAACAUGAUCAGGACGAUCAGCUUUACUAAAAUACCACAGCGUGACCCGGUCACUCGCAGACCCGGUCACUCCAGAUAAUGUGGUUGAUGAUGGUCUGUGAUGCUGGUUAUGAUUGAAGAUUUUCAUCGUGCCACAGCGAGAUAUUUUUGUGCAAGUAUGCACCAGUGUGGCGCAACAUCACAUCUUGUUGCUCGCAUAAAAAAUUUGCAUGAACAUCAGGAGCUGCUUUACUAGCUUUACAAAAAAUUAAAUCCUACAGCGUGACCCGGUCACUCGCAGACCCGGAGUGCUACGACCCGCAGCCAACGGCAGAAUAUCCUGUGCAAAAGUAUCGCACUCGUAUUGCAAUCAUGCAUUACAAAUCUUUUUCUUGGGGCAAAUCCGCAUUACAAAUUUCUUCUCUCAUGCUGAGGAAAUUCAUUCAUACGAGUACGAUACUUUUGCAGUUCAUACAGAAUCGGUGGCAGCAAUCGAGUCAAGGCUAGAUGAGCUGAAGCGCACAAGCGGCGACGCGCUGAAUCAGAAGGGUUCAUAUGCAAUACAAAUUUCCCGUACAUGUUGUACAAGAUGCAUCACAAAUUUCACAACUUGGGAGCGUAACACUUGUCAUGCUAAACUAGGAUCGAAGCCAAGCCUUGUCAUGCAGAGACCGCAUUUCCAUUUGUCCGUGUACGCGAAAUUUACUGUGGAUAGUUCACGGGUCAAGAUCAUGAAUUUACCGGAUGACGUCGUGAACGUACAGACUGAUGUGAUUUUUUCUUACGUCGAAAAACUACGACAAACUACAACUAGUAAAAAGUAGAGUUUGUGAUGCAAAGUUUCCGAUGAAAGACGGAGUUUGUAGUCGUGCAAUGCCAGCACUAGCACUAGCACUACAAUGCAAAUACGUCAAAACAACACAGCGUGGCGCGGGUGCGAAUGACUUUCGGUUGGAUGUGAUACAGAAGGACAUUGACCACAAAGAGGAAUACUUGCGAUCGGGCAGUAUGUUUUAAAGAUAGUGAUGCUCCUGGUGUUUGAAUUUAUCAUGUACUUACACCAGAGCUUCCUGCUUUUUGGAGACAACUUCACUAUGCAUAUUCGACGGCCUCCGGCUCCUGGUCAAGUUAUUUCAAAGCUGCAAACAAGUCAACCGAAUAAAAUUAAAAACAUAAACCACGAACGUCUCUACAGGAUACAAAACCCGGCACCUGACGAAAAAGCAAAGUGAUAUGCUGGAGGAUCAGUUGUUUCUACUAGCGAGAAGUCAAGUAUUCUGAAAAGCAAAAAAACAAGAAGCAACUACGUCGCAUGCUGCAGCGAUUAUGACGCACCAUGAUGCCCAACACAUACACAGAGAUGGAAAAGAACAUCAUGAUAACCUUGCUACGCGCAGCUGCAACCAGCAUGCAAGGCCGUGCGCUCCUGCUCCGAAUGGUGCUUGCUUUUAUUUACCAUGGUCUUUUCCUGCGCUUGCUUCUUGCUUCUGAACGGGCACGUCAUGAGUUUCAUUUACUUGGAUCAAGAUCGCUUUUCAAGAGACUGAGCUCGAAAGUAGAUUCAUGAUCUUCCCUGUCGAUACUUUUCCCGAUCGGCAUCACCAUCGACGAGAACCAGAACGACAUAUGCACUGCAAAAGUAUCAUACUCGUCUAAAUGCAUUACAAAUUUUCUCAGCAUGAGAAAGAAAAUUUGUGAUGCGGAUUUACCUUGAGAAAAAGGUUUGUAAUGCAUGAUUGCAAUUACCACGGGACGAGUACGAUACUUUUGCACUGGAUACGACAAGAUUCUGUACGACGAAUAUCCACAGUGGUACCGCAUGAGCGACUACGCAUUGUAAAUAAUAGAAUGUCUGGGUCUGGAAAACUGGAACUUGUAUUAUGCCUGUCUUGCGUUCCUCAAAAUCAAAAAUCUGCUUUGUGUGAUUUCGCAUGGCACAGGGAGCUGCUCCACCCUCUGUAUGUGAGAUAAAGAUAAACGCAAUCAAAAAUGCCUUGCCUCCAUGCAGUUUGGCUUUGAUCAUGACGCAGCAUCACAGGUUUCCAGAUGUCGGCCAGAGCAUACUAUUUGCAAUGCAUAGCGAGUACGGGGAGAACUUUUUCGCCCGCGGAGUGAAAACCACAAGGGAGAUGGGGAUGGGAAAACAACCCUACGCCAUACACGAGAAGGUGGUAUGAGAGGAGAAAUGGACGAGGUUGUAUCUGUGUUGCAUGAAUGCCAAAAGUUUUCUACUUUUGACCAACAAGCUGAGAGGAAGUUUCUCAUGCUCUCAGUUUAGGCAACAUGAUAGGGAUCUCACAGAAUCUGUCAUGCUAGGCCCUGCAUUCCAGACGACAUGGAAAUGAAUCAUGGACUGUAAAUUUGACUUCCUCUCGUCUCUCUCCUCGCAUAGCAACCUGACUACGAUUUUCGGAUGUCGAUGAUCAAGCAUCAAAUCGCGAUGGGAGAGCGGAAGGGGUGAGAAAAUAAAGGAGUCGACACAAGGAAAAAAGUCGAAGACGAAGAGGAGGUGGUUUGUUUCAUCUUCAUCUAUCAGAUUCAGUGCCACAAAAUAAAAAUGCAUCCACAACGUACUUACUUUACUUCUACCUGGAGCUCCUGCUGCUCCUGUUGCGCUAGCUACUUUGUUUUACAGAAAAUUACUUUACAGCUCGCAGUUGUCAACUACUACGCAACACCUUUACCUAUCAUCAAAUAAUGCCUCUGGUUCAGGGGAAUAAAGCCGAAUGUAAUGCAGCAGCUGCCGCUGUAGUUUCCACGUUGUACAAAACGGGCGGCAUAGCAAGUUUGUAUGAAAAUGGUUGACCAACAACAUUCCCCGAUACCAAUCAAAGUCUGAAAACAAUUGGAAUCAUUGCCACGCCCACGGCCUCAACAAAUACCGAAAGAAAGAACGAAUUUGAAUUUAUAUGAAAUACUUUGAUUGGACAUCCUCAUUA